AUGCAUUAUUUUGAUGAGGAAGAGAACGCUGCUGCCCAGUUUUUGGCAGACCCUGAUUGGGAGAGGAAUCUCUUUGAUCUAAAACGAGAUCAGUUAUGGAUAUUAGGUGAAUUUCUAGGUUUGAGUGUGUCUUCAGAGGUUAGGAAAGGUCAGCUCUUAUUUGAGGUAAUUAAAGCUGGUAAGUUGUUUAAAGAAACCUUAGGUAUCAUCAGUGAUGAGGAAAUAGGGAAUAGUAAUAAAAACGGUGAAAAUAAGGUGGUAGGUGCCAGAGAUGUUGAGGAAGAAGACAAUGUUAGUAAUAAAAAUGGGGUAACAGGCAGUGGAAAUGAUAUAAAUGAUGGUCAGGUAAGCCAACUGAAAUUGGAUAUUUUGAAGGAGCAAUCCAGGAUUAAAGAGUUGGAUUUUAAAGCACUUCAGCUACAGGCUGAAGAAAGGGCGAAGGAAAGGGAUCAUGAAAUCCAAUUGUUAAAAUUGCAGAUGUCGGACGAUAAUGGUAAUAAUCGUAGUGAUAACGAUAGAUUUAACCUGUUAAGCGCCCUUAAACUUGUUCCCCAAUUUAAUGAAGAAGACGUUUCCGAAUUCUUCAUUUCUUUUGAAAGAAUUGCUAAGAAGUUGAAUUGGCCUCGGGACAUGUGGACCACUUUGAUCCAGUGUCGCUUAAAAGGUAAGUCGCAGCGUGUGUACAAUACACUUAACGAGGGAUUAUCAUCUGAUUAUGACUCUGUGAAAGCGAUAAUCCUGAAAGCUUACGAUCUCGUUCCGGAGGCAUACAGACAAAAGUUUAGGAACUUUAAAAAGAGUCCGGAUAUGACUUUCGUGGAAUUCGCUCGAAAGAAAGAACAGUUCAUGGACGACUGGUUAAAGUCUAAAGAGGUUGACUCGUUUGAAAAGUUUAGGGAGUUAAUUUUGACUGAAGAAUUUAAGAGGUCUGUGUCAAGGGAACUAAAGAUUCAUUUGGAGGAGUUAAAGAUUGAUUCUUUACAGGAGGUGGCAAUUGCCUCUGAUGAGUAUUCCCUUGCACAUAGACAAGACCCGGUAAGGAAAGAUAUGUCUAAAAAGUUCUCUCCUCGUAAUGGAAAUAGUUGGCAAGGAAAACCAUAUCAGAAAAGGUCUACUGAUUUUGAUAAAAAUGCAAGUGUGAACCGUAAUGUAGAUAGCAGUAAAAACGGUAGUGUAGUAUCGCGUAGUUACGUGAAUAGUAGUAUGUCUGGUGGUGGUAGUGGACGCAGAGAAUCUCAAGAGUCUGGGUUGAGUUGUUAUUGGUGUAAUAGGAAGGGUCAUAUAAAAGCCAAUUGCUUUGCUAGGAAAAAUUACCUAGAAAGGAAUACGGAACACGUUAAUGUUGUUUCUGCGGAGACAUCUCCAAAGAAAGAGGUAUCACAUGGAAACAAGUGA